AUGGCUGAUGGAACAGCCCUUCAACUCAUGUCUACCGGAACGAGUUCGAUACCACCUAUAGGACCGCGGAAGCUGGUAGAGAGGGAGUCCGAAAUCACAAAGCUUGAGUCCGCCGUCCUGUAUCCCCGUCUGGUACUUUUGGAAGCCCUUACUAGAUUCAAAGACGGACUAAAGCAACGAGCAAUGUCCAGCGACAAGACACGCGAAGCCCGGCGAGACUUCUUGGAUUCUUUCGCUUAUCUUUGUGACGUGGAGAAAGGCGGCAAGACAGUCACAGCGACUGCAUUACAAAUGAUGGAAGUAGAAACUGGCGACUGCCUCUGGUUGGCUGCAAACGAAGGAAUACGCGAAGAGGUCUUGUUCUAUGCACAGAAGAUUCUGAAGCGCGCAAAAGCUGCAACUGUGGAAACUCUCCGUGUUGUUCAAGACCGUAUCUUGACCCUCAGUGUGAAGAAGUGUAGACCAAGGAUCCACUUCUACAGAGAUGCGAUAAAGAGACACGCACUCCAAUGCAAUGAGGCUCUCGAAUGCGUUGAAAGAGACGAUGUUGUCAACCUCUUGAGAACCAAGUUGGGGCAGCUGCUUGAGCAUCCACCGAGUACGAACCUGGAAGCCUAUGUCGACCUUUGCUAUGGCAUGAGAGGCGAACACAUCCGGGCCAUCAGAUCAUAUUCCAAAACUGCGGAAGAUGGCUUUAGCCAAUUGGCGCAUCAUAUCUAUCGCUUGGGCGCGACACGUGACGCCGCAAACAAGGUUGUCGAAGCCAUGACGCUCGUUCCUUCGCUUCAAAAGAUCUCUAAGAUACAGAUCGUCAAUACACCCCGGAUCGUGAAGAAGACCGUCUCACCGCCCAAGUGA